UCGGUAGCUGAGUCUAGGGAAGACCAUACAAACCCUAAAAUUUCCCAGCGGUUUCCAGCGGUACAUCCUCAGGCGCUCAGGACGUGCUUUGGAGUGUCUCUCUCCCUCUCUCUCUCGGUGGUGGUGUGCCUGAAGAGAGCUGGAGAGUCCCGUUCACACGCGGACCAUAAACGAAAUAGGUGGGUUCAUGCGGGGUGCCGUAGUGCACCUUCUGUCUGUUUCCCUCUCUCUCUCUCUCUCUCUCUCUCUCUCUCUCUCUCUCUCUCUGUGUCUCUCUCUCUCUCUCUCACACAUACACACACACACACACACACACACACACAGAGCAGCGUUCAGGUGCAGCGCGAUGGCGUGCACACUAUCCAUGGAAGCUCAAGCGGAGGGGGUAGAGACGAGAGGGGUCGUUAAGAACAGAUCAUCAUUCAAUCCGUACGAUAAUAAUGGUGGGACCUGCGUGGCAAUCGCGGGCGAAGAUUACUGUGUGAUCGCUGCAGACACACGGCUUUCUACGGGAUUCAGUAUAUUAACCAGAGAUGCGUCGAAGAUUGUGCAGCUCUCUGAGAAAUCGGUACUUGGGACUUCCGGGUUUCAGGCGGACAUGAAAACUCUGCAGAAGAUGCUCAACGCCAAGAACCAGGUCUAUAGGCAUCAACAUAACAAGGAGAUGAGCUGCCCGGCGAUGGCGCAGUUGCUAUCGAACACGUUGUAUUACAAGAGGUUCUUUCCAUACUACACCUUCAAUCUGUUGGGAGGACUAGAUAACGAAGGGAAAGGAUGUGUGUACACGUAUGAUGCGGUGGGUUCGUACGAGAGAGUGGGGUAUAGUGUGCAAGGGACAGGGCAGCAGCUCGUCGUGCCCGUGCUGGAUAAUCAGCUGAAAUCGGCAAGUCCGUUGUUAUAUCCUCCGCAGAGCACUGCCACGCCGCUCACCGAGUCAGAAGCCGUGGAUAUCGUGAAGGAUACGAUGGCGUCGGCGGGGGAAAGAGACAUUUACACGGGAGAUGCAGUGGAAGUUGUGAUUAUAAACAGACAAGGCAUCCGAAGAGAGACCUUCCCUUUGAAGAAGGAUUAAGGGACGCACAAGAGGAGAGGUGAUUGUGUCGAUCUCCCCGAUGUCGUCCAUUUCUCGUCUGCGCUCGUAGAUCGACCUUCUUCCCAUUUAUCGAUCUAAUCAACCGUUCCCAUUUAUCGAUCGAAUCCAACAAUCAACAACCGGUUUUGUUGAUUCACCCUUUUUUCUUUUCUUGUGUCAUGACAAUCAUGGGCAUCGUGUCGAUUGAAACAAGUCCUGCACAGAGAGAGAGAGAAUGAUAGCUUCGGUCCUGUGGGUGGUCACCAUGUUGAUCAAUUGAAGGUUAUGCGUGGUUUUCUGUUUUUUUUUUUUUUUUUUUUUUUUUUGUGUGUGUGUGUGUAUUUUUUUCCACCUUAUUCUCUGGUUUCUUCUCGCUUUUCUUUCCCCUUAUCUGUCCGCCUUAUCAUGCCUCUGCCCUCGUCUUACUUCCAUUCUUCUCCGAAUUGUACCGCCUCCCUCUCUGAUAUGCGUUUUUCUUCGGUUCUUCUCCUCCUUGCUUCUACUCUUCUCCUUCUCUUGUCUAUCUCCUUUCGAUGCUGUCCUCUCCUCUCUCUUAUCUUUAUUUGAGAUUGCUCCCUCCCAUCCCCCCGCCCUCCUUCCCUCCCUCCCUCCCUCCUUCCCUCCCUCCCUUUCCCUUCUUGAGCGAGAGAUGUCACUCCUCCCAACUCCCUCCCUCCCUCCCUCGCUUCCCGUUCUUGAGCGAGAGAUGUCACUCCUCCCAAUCAAGCAAGUAGCUUAUGGAGAUGGCUGCUAUGCAGACACGAUGGAUAGAGAGUCCUUCGCGCUGACCCUUGUCUGGAUAUGAAGAAGGGGUGCAUCCAUCCACCCGUCGCCAUGUGUCUACACCAGUGUCAGGGUUAGUGAAGACAGGGGCAAGGCUUUUCAAUCCCUGACAUGGCACGGGAUUUGCGCCUCUCAUGACAGCUUCUGAUUAAGUCUGACCAAGAUUUCAAAAAAAAUAAAAUAAUAAUUGUCUCACGAAGAUGGAAGGCGGGCAUAAGGAUGACGGUGGUGGAUGGGAUAGGUUGGGUCGGGACGGGGAACGGGCCGAGGUGCGACCGGUGGCGAGGAUCCCGACGUCACAGUGGCAGGAGUGACGUGGAAGUUUUUCCCGCCAAAAUGAAGAGCGGGAAAAAGG